UCGAACCAUAACUCCGAAUUCCUAUGACUAUUUUCUAAAAAUUAUACUUUAACUAAAUUUAUUGUAUUUUAUUGUUCUAUGAACUAUUCAAUUUGAUCGCUGCGAAAUCCCAAAGUUCUGGUUACAAAAUAAAAAAAGACAUUGAAUUUCAUCCGUCAUUGUGGUGUCGAAAUCCUUGGUCUUCGAUUAUCCGUUGUGUGUGAACAUGACGUGACCGUCGUAACCGAUUACAAUUCCGUCAGAAACCGUGAAAAUGGGAAAGAAAAGASUCUGCGUGGUGGUCUUGGGUGACAUAGGUCGUAGCCCUAGAAUGCAGUAUCACGCGCAGUCUUUGAUCCGCCAAGAUUUCGACGUCGACAUUGUUGGGUACACGKACAGCCCGGUGCUGGACGACCUGAAGGAGAACGCCACUAUUAUCGGUGUCCGGAAACCGUUUCCAUUCGACGAAUAUGUUCCUCAAAAAAUAGCAUUCAUGUUUAAAGUUGUAUGGCAAACACUGACGUUAUUUUGGGCCAUAUUGAUGAAACGUAAAUCAGAUAUUGUUAUUGUUCAAAAUCCACCUGCGAUUCCCACACUCGCUGUUUGCUGGUUUUACUGUCUGAUUGUCAAUGCAAAAUUUAUAAUCGACUGGCAUAAUUAUGCAUACUCAGUACUUGGCCUCACUUUGGGUCCUGAUGCACCUCUGGUAAAACUUUCCUUAUUGUACGAACGUACUUUUGGCAGACUGGCUGAUUUCAAUUUAUGUGUUACCAAAGCCAUGAAAGAUGACCUGCAUAAAAAAUGGAAUAUUGAAGCUACGACCUUGUAUGAUCGUCCGGGACCACAGUUUAAAACAAUUACAUUAUCUGAAAAACAUGAUUUACUAGAAAAAAUGAAUUUAAACAAUUUCACUGAGUUAUCAGAAACUGGAGUGGUACGAUUAAAAUCCGACCGCCCUAGUCUACUUGUGUCUAGUACUAGCUGGACCCCAGAUGAAGAUUUUUCAAUUCUAUUAAAAGCUCUCCAAAAAUACGAUGAAAGUGAUGAUAUCUACCCAAAACUCAUUUGUGUUAUCACCGGGCGAGGCCCAUUAAAGAGUCACUAUCAACAUAAAAUUUCAAAAUUGAAAUGGAAAAAAGUUUCAAUCAAUACACCAUGGCUUGAAAAUAGUGACUAUCCUCUUCUUUUAGCGUGCGCUGAUCUUGGUGUGUGCUUACAUGCCUCCUCCAGUGGUUUAGACUUGCCUAUGAAAGUGAUUGAUAUGUAUGGUGUUGGUUUACCUGUCUGUGCAUAUGAUUUUAAGUGCUUAAAUGAAUUAGUUCGACACAACGAAAAUGGUCUCGUAUUCUCGAAUGAAAAUCAACUUGCAUUGCACAUUAUGACAUGGUUUAAAAACUUCCCUUCAGAGAUCUGUGAGAAACAAAGUAAAUUUUGUAAGGAAAUUGAUAAAUUUCGAGCUGUAGAUUGGCAUACAAAUUGGAUGAAAAAUGCGUAUCCAAUUUUUUCGAACCACAAUAUAUAGUUUCCAUUUUUUUUAGAGGGGAGGGGGUAUAUUAAAAAAACCGUACAUUUUGAUUCCUUUAAAUACUUUAAAAUUGUAGAUAUGAUUAUAUGUAUAGCUAAUUUCAUUCAUGCAUUCAUAUAAAAAAACCGUACAUUUUGAUUCCUUUAAAUACUUUAAAAUUGUAGAUAUGUUUAUAUAACUAAUUUCAUUCAUGCAUUCAUACAAUAAAUUGGUUUAAAAAUAAAUAUUUUUCUCUCCAAAUUAGCAUUUCUAAAAACACAAUUUUCAAUC